CUGGAACACGACAGGCAGGCAGCGCGCAUCUCGUCACGGUCGCUACGGGCGUGCUUGGUCCUGCCUGUGCCUGGGUCUCUGUCAGCACUCUCUCGUGCGACUCUCUCCCCCACCAGAUCUCGCCCAGCCUCAUCGCCCCCCACGUCGCCGCCGGCGGUCGGUCCGCCGCGCCUCGUCGCCUGUGGAGGAGCUUAUCAUGGCUUCAAAACGUAUCCUCAAGGAACUAAAGGACCUGCAGAAAGAUCCUCCGACAUCAUGCAGUGCAGGUCCUGCUGGUGAGGAUAUGUUCCAUUGGCAGGCAACCAUUAUGGGACCCCCUGAUAGUCCCUAUGCUGGAGGUGUUUUCUUAGUGAAUAUCCAUUUCCCACCGGACUACCCCUUCAAGCCUCCAAAGGUGUCUUUCAAGACAAAAGUCUUCCAUCCGAACAUCAAUAGCAAUGGAAGCAUAUGCCUCGACAUUCUCAAGGAGCAAUGGAGUCCUGCUUUGACAAUCUCUAAGGUUUUGCUUUCAAUCUGCUCCCUGCUUACCGAUCCCAACCCAGACGACCCUCUUGUCCCUGAGAUCGCCCACAUGUACAAGACGGAUCGGUCCAAGUACGAGACAACAGCCCGCAGCUGGACGCAGAAGUAUGCCAUGGGAUGAGGUCCAGUCCCAUGCUCAUAUCCGCUGCUUGCAUGCAGAAGAUUGUGUCACCGCCCCGAAAAACUAUUUCUGGGCCAUCAUUUUCUUUGAUUUCUUGCCGGUCGCAUGUGUGUCCUCGAUCCAUGUAGGAUCGAGUCGUAGUCAAACAUCAACAUAUCAUUGCCAAAGUUGAUAAUGAAAUCGACAUAUGAUUAUAACUAUGCUAGUGUUGAUGAUGAUAUUAUUCUGUAAAUGGUGCCCAUGGUCUUGGAUGUU